AUGGAAGCCAGCGCUGGACUGGUCGCUGGUUCACAUAACCGGAAUGAGCUAGUUGUCAUUCAUGGCCAUGAAGAGCACAAGCCUUUGAAGAACUUGGAUGGUCAAGUGUGUGAGAUUUGUGGUGAUGGCGUGGGACUCACGGUGGAUGGAGACUUGUUUGUGGCUUGCAACGAGUGUGGUUUUCCAGUGUGCAGGCCUUGCUAUGAGUAUGAAAGAAGAGAAGGAAGCCAGCUUUGUCCACAGUGCAAAACCAAAUACAAGCGUCUCAAAGGGAGCCCGCGGGUGGAAGGAGAUGAAGAGGAGGAUGACGUGGAUGACAUUGAGCAUGAGUUCAAUAUUGAUGAGGAAAAGAACAAGCAUGGCCAUGCUGCAGAGGCCAUGCUUCAUGGGAAGAUGAGCUAUGGAAGAGGUCCUGAAGAUGAUGAGAAUUCCCAGUUCCCAACACCUGUCAUUGCUGGGGGUCGUUCUAGGCCUGUAAGCGGGGAGUUCCCAAUAUCAUCUAAUGGUUAUGGGGAGCAGAUGUUGUCUUCUUCGCUGCAUAAACGAGUGCAUCCAUAUCCAGUGUCUGAACCUGGGAGUGCCAGAUGGGAUGAAAAGAAAGAGGACGGAUGGAAAGAAAGGAUGGAUGACUGGAAAUUGCAGCAAGGAAAUUUGGGGCCAGAAUCUGAUGAAGAUCCAGAUGCAGCCAUGUUAGAUGAAGCAAGGCAACCACUUUCAAGGAAAGUUCCAAUAGCAUCUAGCAAAAUCAAUCCAUAUAGAAUGGUGAUUGUUGCACGCCUUGUCAUUCUUGCUUUCUUCCUCAGAUACAGACUUAUGAAUCCCGUGCAUGAUGCUAUCGGGCUGUGGUUAACCUCUAUCAUAUGUGAAAUCUGGUUUGCUUUUUCAUGGAUUCUGGAUCAGUUUCCCAAAUGGUUUCCCAUUGAUAGAGAGACCUACCUCGAUCGUCUUUCCAUCAGGUAUGAGCGUGAAGGUGAACCAAACAUGCUUGCUCCUGUGGAUGUCUUUGUUAGUACUGUGGAUCCUAUGAAGGAACCUCCUCUGGUUACAGGAAACACAGUUCUUUCAAUCUUGGCCAUGGAUUAUCCAGUUGAUAAGAUAUCAUGCUAUAUUUCGGAUGAUGGAGCCUCAAUGUGUACAUUUGAGUCCCUGUCAGAAACUGCAGAGUUUGCUAGGAAGUGGGUACCGUUUUGUAAGAAAUUUUCUAUAGAACCUCGGGCACCUGAGAUGUACUUCAGUGAGAAGAUUGACUACCUAAAGGACAAAGUGCAACCCACCUUUGUUAAGGAGCGUCGAGCCAUGAAGAGAGAAUACGAAGAGUUUAAGGUCAGGAUCAAUGCACUUGUUGCAAAGGCCCAGAAAGUUCCUCAGGGAGGAUGGAUCAUGCAGGAUGGGACACCGUGGCCAGGGAACAACACUAAAGAUCAUCCUGGCAUGAUCCAAGUGUUCCUUGGUAGCAGUGGAGGUCUUGAUACUGAAGGAAACCAGCUUCCUCGUCUUGUUUAUGUUUCCAGAGAGAAAAGGCCUGGUUUUCAACACCACAAGAAAGCUGGUGCCAUGAAUGCUCUGGUUCGGGUAUCUGCUGUUCUCACAAAUGCUCCUUUCAUGCUGAACUUGGAUUGUGAUCACUAUGUAAAUAACAGCAAGGCUGCCCGAGAGGCCAUGUGCUUCUUGAUGGACCCUCAAAUUGGGAAGAAAGUGUGCUAUGUCCAGUUUCCUCAAAGAUUUGACGGUAUUGAUACACAUGAUCGUUAUGCCAACAGGAACACAGUUUUCUUUGAUAUUAACAUGAAGGGUCUAGAUGGUAUUCAAGGUCCUGUAUAUGUGGGGACUGGAUGUGUUUUCAGGAGGCAAGCUUUGUAUGGCUAUAAUCCUCCCAAGGGCCCCAAACGUCCAAAAAUGGUAAGCUGUGAUUGCUGCCCGUGUUUUGGAAGCCGCAAGAAGUACAAAGAGAAGAGUGAUGCAAAUGGAGAGGCUGCAAACUUGAAAGGGAUGGAUGAUGACAAAGAGGUGCUGAUGUCCCAGAUGAAUUUUGAGAAGAAAUUUGGACAGUCCUCUAUCUUUGUGACUUCUACCUUGAUGGAAGAGGGUGGUGUGCCUCCUUCUUCAAGUCCAGCUGCCCUGCUUAAAGAAGCCAUUCAUGUGAUCAGCUGUGGAUAUGAAGAUAAAACUGAAUGGGGACUUGAGCUUGGUUGGAUCUAUGGAUCUAUUACAGAAGAUAUUCUAACAGGUUUUAAGAUGCAUUGCCGCGGGUGGAGGUCCAUUUACUGUAUGCCAAAGAGAGCUGCAUUCAAGGGUACUGCUCCUAUCAACUUGUCAGAUCGUCUCAAUCAGGUGCUUCGUUGGGCACUUGGUUCCAUUGAGAUUUUCUUCAGUCACCAUUGUCCUCUAUGGUAUGGCUUCAAGGAAAAGAAGCUAAAGUGGCUUGAGAGAUUUGCCUAUGCAAACACAACUGUGUAUCCAUUCACUUCCAUUCCUCUUGUUGCCUAUUGUAUUCUUCCUGCAGUUUGCUUACUCACUGACAAAUUCAUCAUGCCACCGAUAAGCACCUUUGCCGGUUUGUACUUUGUUGCUCUCUUCUCUUCAAUCAUUGCAACUGGUAUUCUUGAGUUGAAAUGGAGUGGAGUGAGCAUUGAGGAAUGGUGGAGAAAUGAGCAGUUUUGGGUCAUUGGUGGGGUAUCAGCUCACCUUUUUGCUGUGAUACAAGGUCUGCUAAAGGUUCUGGCUGGAAUUGACACCAACUUCACAGUUACGUCCAAGGCAGCAGAUGAUGAAGAGUUCGGAGAAUUAUACACCUUUAAGUGGACUACUCUCCUAAUUCCUCCAACCACUAUCUUGAUCAUUAACAUUGUUGGUGUUGUUGCUGGAAUCUCAGAUGCCAUAAACAAUGGGUACCAAUCUUGGGGACCACUGUUUGGAAAGCUCUUCUUUUCUUUCUGGGUGAUUGUCCAUCUCUAUCCAUUCCUUAAAGGUUUGAUGGGUCGGCAAAACCGCACACCCACCAUUGUUGUGAUUUGGUCAGUGCUAUUGGCUUCUAUUUUCUCCUUGCUGUGGGUAAGAAUUGAUCCAUUUGUCCUCAAGACAAAGGGACCUGAUACCAAGCUAUGUGGAAUCAACUGCUGA